AUGAAAUCAUAAAUCAAUACCUCAUACAAAAAUGGCUUCCCAAAUUCUCACAUUGCUCAUCAUCAUCUUCCCCCUACUUGCCAUCAUCUUCAACACCCUAACAAAAAAUAAACCUAACGGGCCCAGGCCCGGGCUUCCUCCGGGACCCAAAAGGCUUCCGGUCAUCGGAAACCUCCACCAGCUAGGGAAGCUCCCCCACCGUUCUCUCCGAGCCCUGUCGGAAGAAUUCGGCGAUCUCAUGUCCUUACAGCUCGGCUCGGUUCCGGCAAUCGUCGUGUCAUCCCCCGACAGGGCCGCCGACAUCUUCCUCAACCACGACGCUGCCUUUUCCGGCCGGCCCCGUCUUUACGCCUUCGAAAAGAUCACUUACGGCCUCUCCGCCGUCACCACGGCGCCCUACGGCCGUACGUGGCGGGAGCUCCGGAAAAUCAUGGUCCAGGAGCUCAUGACCCCCAAACAGGUCCAGUCUUUCAGGCACGUGCGGGCACGUGAAGUGUCCGCCAUGAUCGAGCGUGUGAAGAGCAAAUUUCCAGGCCCUGUCGACUUGAGCUUCCAGGCCUUUUCUAUGGCCAACAGCUUCGUCAGCCGCGUCGCCUUCGGGGAAAUCGAUAUUAGCGACAAUCGAGGAUUCCGGGAGAUUUUUCUCGAUGUGCAGCACACUGCGGCCGAGUUUAAUAUAUCCGAUUACUUUUCCGGGCUCGGAUGGAUUAACCGGUUCAAUGGCACAGACAAGAGAUUGGAGAAGAAUUUCCAAGACUUGGACAAGUUUUUCGACAAGGUGAUCGAGCAACAUGUCAAUGAUCCGAGAAAGGCGAAGCUGGAUCGUGAAGAAGAUAUUGUCGAUGUGCUGCUUAGGGUUCAAAAGGAUCCAAAUCAAACAAUUGCUCUUACCGAUAAACUAGUAAAGGGUGUUCUUUUGGAUACUUUUGUAGCUGGAACGGAUACUUCGGCGACCACAAUAGAAUGGGCAAUGACGGAGCUAAUGAGAAAUCCGACAGCCAAAGAAAAGGCGCAACAAGAAGUGAGAAAAGUCGGGCAAGGCAAAUGUAAAAUCGAUGAGGAUGAUCUUCCCCACCUCACAUACCUAAAACAAGUCAUAAAAGAGUCAUUUAGACUCCAUCCACCUGCCCCAUUGCUUGUCCCUAGAGAAACUUUAGAGAAGUGCAUCAUCGACAACAAGUAUGAAAUUCCCGCGAAAACUAGGGUUUUCUUCAAUGCAUCAGCAAUGUCAAGAGACUCGCGGUAUUGGGAAAAUCCAGAUGAAUUUAUCCCGGAGAGGUUUAUGAAUCGCCAAGUUGAUUAUAGAGGAAAACAUUUCGAGCUUUUGCCAUUCGGCGCUGGCAGAAGACAAUGCCCUGGAAUCAAUUUUUCUAUCCCAUUGGUGGAGCUUGCCUUAGCGAACCUUUUGUAUCGAUUUGAUUGGGAACUUCCGCCGGGAAUGUCUCGCGACGACAUUGAUUUGGAAGAAGCGAUCGGGAUUACAAUGCAUAAGAAAAUCCCUCUUGUUCUUGUAGCUUCACCGGUGAAUUAGGGAAUUAGGGUUAGGGUUUUGUCUAUGAUCAUUUAGUGUAUGCAUCAAAUAUUCAAAUACAAGGUAAUAUUGGAUUCAGUUUCAUGUACUUACUUAUUAAUAAUAUAAUAUCUCCAUUAUACACUA